UUGUCAUUCAUCAACUUCCGGUGUCAAGGUAACUGGGGGACGGAGAAAAAAAAGCGGGCAUACCGACAUCGUUUUCGCAAGUCUUCUAGCAUUUAAAGGCGUAUACAUUUGACGUAUAUAGUUAAAUAACCGUGCAUUGUGAACCAGGGGUCGCCUGGGAUUUGUUUUUGUCUUGGAAAAGAGUCUAAUUCAUUCGACUUUCGUACUCGCUAGCUAGCUAACUGGCUAACGAUCCUCCACACUAGUGUCUGGAGCAGCAGGCCUUCUUCUUCUGGACUUUGCUAAGAGCUAGUGAGCUAACAUUAGCAAGCUAACCCAUGCGAGCACGUUUUAUUUCUCAACGAUUCUCUCUGUUGCUUUGUAAAUAAAUACCACACCGCAGAUGCGUGUAAUUGUUAACGAUUUUUGGCAUUUCUGUCGUUAAGAAGGCUGCAAGUUGAAGCUAAACGCACUUGAGCUGUAACGUUACAUCGGCGAGGCUCUUGUUUUUAAGUGUUGUGCACUUUGUUGCUAGCUUAAGCUAGCCACCGCCGACUGAACAACGCAGCCGCUGAAAGCGUAGCAGCCUUCGACUCGGAGAUGUCGGACUUCGACGAAUUCGAAAGACAGCUCUCUGAAAACAAACAAGCUGAAAGAGACAAAGAGAACCGCCACCACCGCCGGUCCUCCUCCCGCAGCCGCAGCAGAGAGAGGAAAAGGAGGAGCAGAGACAGGGACAGACGCAGCAGGGACCGUCGCGGGGACAGUAAGGACAGUAAGGACCGCAGACACAGACGCAGGGACAAUGCACACCCGCCGACAGUUGAACUCUCACCAGCCACCUUCCCCCCGGACAAUGCUGGAAGCCGUUCUCCACACCGUGAGAAGAAGAAGAACAAGGUGAAGAAGUACUGGGAUGUCCCUCCUCCUGGUUUUGAACACAUCACUCCCAUGCAGUACAAAGCCAUGCAAGCUGCAGGCCAGAUCCCAGCCACAGCCCUCCUGCCGACCAUGACUCCAGAUGGCCUGGCUGUUACUCCCACCCCAGUACCUGUAGUGGGCAGCCAGAUGACCCGGCAGGCCCGCCGGCUCUACGUUGGCAACAUACCCUUUGGUAUCACAGAGGAGUCCAUGAUGGACUUUUUCAAUGCCCAGAUGCGUUUGGGUGGUCUUACUCAGGCCCCUGGAAACCCUGUCCUUGCAGUACAGAUCAACCAGGAUAAGAAUUUUGCCUUCCUCGAGUUCCGUUCAGUGGACGAAACAACACAGGCAAUGGCCUUUGAUGGUAUAAUCUUUCAAGGCCAGAGUCUCAAGAUUCGUCGUCCCCACGAUUACCAGCCCCUGCCCGGCAUGAGCGAGAACCCCAGUGUCUAUGUGCCUGGUACACAGCCAAUUAAUGGUGUGGUGUCUACAGUGGUGCCCGACUCGGCUCACAAGCUCUUCAUUGGCGGCUUGCCCAACUACCUGAACGAUGACCAGGUGAAGGAGCUCUUGACGUCAUUUGGGCCUCUGAAGGCUUUCAACCUGGUGAAGGACAGUGCUACUGGCUUAUCUAAAGGAUAUGCCUUUUGUGAAUAUGUUGACGUCAACCUUAAUGACCAGGCUAUAGCUGGGCUGAACGGCAUGCAGCUGGGAGACAAGAAGCUCCUGGUGCAGAGAGCCAGUGUGGGAUCCAAGAACGCCACUCUGACAAGUAUAAAUCAGACCCCAGUGACGCUGCAGGUGCCGGGUAUGAAUAGCUCAGUCACUCAGAUGGGUGGCCUGCCCACUGAGGUGCUGUGUCUGAUGAACAUGGUGGCGCCAGAGGAGCUGCUGGAUGAUGAAGAAUAUGAGGAGAUUGUGGAGGAUGUCAGGGACGAGUGCAGCAAGUACGGCCAAGUUAAGAGCAUUGAGAUCCCUCGACCUGUGGACGGCCUGGAGGUGCCUGGGACUGGCAAGAUCUUUGUGGAGUUCAUGUCCGUGUUUGACUCCCAGAAGGCCAUGCAGGGGCUGACAGGAAGGAAGUUUGCCAACAGGGUGGUGGUGACCAAAUACUGCGAUCCAGAUGCUUAUCACCGUCGAGACUUCUGGUAGAGGAGGCAUGAAGAGAAGAGCGGGUGGGGUGGGGGGGUGGGGGGGAACAUGUAUUGUCCAUUUUCAAAUCGGCCCCCUGAUUGAUUUGGCAGAGCAAUGUUUCAGGUAGAUCUAAGAGAAUUAAUCAUUUGACAAAUGGCUUUGAUGUUAUCUAAUUAAUCAUUUGAGAUCUAUGGAAAUGUCAGCAGUUAAAACAGUUUUUGGGAAUUGGAGAAGAGUGGGGAGUGUUUAUAUUGAGUCCAUAACGGAGGGGGCUAGGUUUGGGUGGUAAUGGUGUAGCUGGGUGGGAGGGGAAGUCGAUGAUUUUUUUUUGAGAAAUGUGUGUAAUAAUAGGUUCAGGAUGGGGUUAACAAUUUUUAUACUUUGUGAGACAGGGACGUCAUUUUGGGUGGGAGGGGGGUACCAAACUUUAAGGUUUGUAUUUAAAUGGAGGCAGCCUGUUUUAAGUACAUUAGGAAGAAGUUGCAGUCGGGAACUAACUGGACUGUUCUGAUGGAGAAGAGGGAUGGAAAAUAAAAACAGGAGUGUUUAUUUGUGAGAGGGAGAUGUGGGGGGGGGGGGGGGGGGGGGGGGGGGAUGGAGAGGAGGAUGAGGGCAUUUUCAUUUGACCAUCUAAUCUAGAUACACAGUAGCUGUAACAUUCGCUUCCGUUUUGCCGCCAUCAUUAGAACGGUGAGAACAGAGUCCUCAUUUUUCAGUUGUUUUUUUUCUGACUUGACUCAUCUCAGCGUUCUUUCAAUUUUUAUCAGACUACUGCCCCCCUCAGGACGAUUGUCAGUGAACAUGUUGUCUAAUUGGACUCUAUCUAAAUGUCAACUGUAAUUGUUCCAAUGCUGUGUGUAGCUUCACUGAUUUGAGCUGUAAUAUCACCUUAUAUUCAGGCCGCAGAAUAACAUGAGCUGCUGAAAAAAAACAUUCUCCACUAUACCAUUUUGAGUUUCUUUUCCUGUAAUUUUUUUUUUUUGUCACACCCAUUUCUGUGCACGGCUUUUAACAGGUGAGGUUGUUUGUCUCAGCAGUUCAGUCCUGAUUUAAUUAGAGAAAAUAAUACAAAGAAAGAUGGAGAGAGGCAAACACAUUGGUCUUUUCCAAAAAGCCUUAAUGUUAUUACAUGUCAAUUUGCUAGAGAAAUAAAUUUGGCUUGCCCCUCUACCAAUGAUGUCAGUACGUUUAAUAAAUGUCACUAUCUUGUCCUGAAGUCUUGCAUCACUAGUUUUCUUCUAUCCUUGUGUCCCAGCAGAUUUGGGGUGUAAGAUGUGUUGGACCCGGUUGUUUUUUGUGUGCAACGUCUCACCUCUUUGAUAAGACCAAAUAAACACAUGACUAAUACCCUUGACUCAUGUUGUACUGCAGGGUGAAACCAAAACCACACAACUUCUCUCUGUCCUGUCAACUUCCAGUAUGAUUUGUAUUGAAGACAAACUAGAGAAUUUGAUGGCAGAUGGCUUGUGCACACUAAAUUAUUCAAACUAAUACUGUGAUAGCUCGUUUGAGACAUUUGGGCUCUCUGGGGAUGAAUUGGUGAAUGAAAGCCUGCAGAGUGUCUUUCUAUCCUAUACCUAACUAAAUUUAAACAAACAAAAUUUCACAUUUUAGUGUUUUGAUGUUGUUGAAAGGGGGUUUCCACCAAAUCUAAGAGGUCUGUAUGUAUUUGCACAAAAUCAGUUUUUCCCUCAUCUUCUAACCUUAAAUCUCUGAGGACCACAUGUUCACACUGUACGGGCCUGAGACUGCUUUUUUUUGGGUUGCUGAAGAAAGAUUGUCAGUGAUAACUUAUGAAAUGUUACUUCUUACUUUCUGAAAUCUGCUUUCUCAGUGUCAGCCAUUUAAUUUCUUUCCUCUCUGGAAAAAUGUGAUUUCUUAAAUGAUUUAAAAUCCUAAAAACCACAUCUAGUUUAUAAAAAGCAAAAACUGUCUUUCGUUUGUCCAAUUUGUUUUCAAAUGUUGAUUAAAAACUGAAUUUACA